AUGCCGUACAUCAUCAACGUACCAGAAAUGCCCCGCCCCUACAUCACCAACAACCCCGCAAUCUACAUGGACUGUCUUUCCUGGGGCUGGCACUGCGAGUCGCGGCCGUUCUCAGACUCUUACUGCAAAGCAACCAUCAAGCGAGAGGAAGCGAGGUACGAACUCGACAGGAGAGCUGAACAGCUGGAGAAGUAUUGGUCAGAGGGUGUCGCUCGCCGAGAA